ACGCAGACAAGGGCACAGGGAGGAACCAGGAGAAGAUCAGCUUGGUGGGAAAAAGGGACUUUUCAGCAACUGGCAGUUCACCAUGGCUAUUCCUCACUGGCUCCUCGUGUCUGCGCUCUUCCUGCUGUCUCUCUUGGCACAGGUUUCAGCACAGGAACUAGGAUGUUCUGUCAGUAACAACCAACCAAGCGUUCCUGAGAAUCAGUCACCUUAUGUGGUGACCACCGUCCACGUGCAGCCAGGUUUCACCCUAACAAUUGAUCCCAGCUCCCCCGAUGGCCAGUUCUUCACCAUCGAGGACUCCGAGCUGAGGCUCACAAAGCCUGUGGACUACGAGGUAGACCCCGUGCUGCUGCUGUACCUGACCUGCGAGGGCCCUGCUGGCCAGAAUUAUCUCUUGCAAAUCAUUGUCACCGUUCUGAAUGAGAACGACAACAGCCCUGUGUUUGCACAGCCAAACCUCAGCAGGGAUGUCCCAGAGGAUACAAAAGUGGACACAGUCAUUGUAGCCCGAGAAGAAUUGAGUGCUAGUGAUGCUGACCUGGACACCAUUUACUAUGAGCUCACUACCACAGUGCAGGACACAGAUGGUUAUUUUGCCAUAAGAGGAGUUAAUAACCCAGAACUUUAUUUACAAAAAGCGUUGGACUAUGACAAAUUUAAUUCAACAACGUUGCUCUUGUAUGCAAGGGACAUGCCUGUGACCGGCCCGGACCCCAGCAACACCACCCACACGGCCACCGCAACAAUAACCAUCACCAUCCAGCAGAGUGACACCCGGGCGCCCUGGUUCCUGCCCUGCACCCAGCUCCACAGUGACAAGAGCGUCUGCAUCAGCAGCCCCUACUCCGGCAGGGUCAACAUCUCCGAGAUGCCGGCGCAGCCGCUCCUCCUGGAGCCAGGACCCAUCUAUGCCGUUGACCCUGACUACACCAUCGGCGACAGGAUCGUGUACAGCAUUGUUGGGGGGAAUACAGACGAAGUCUUCUCAGUGGAUGCAGACACGGGGAAUCUAACCAUGAAAAAAAUAGUGACUUCCCCAGAUUCCUUUCUGUUGCAAGUUAUGGCCACCCAGGUCAGCAAUAUAAGGAAAUACUCUGUAGCCACUGUGGAGAUCAAGGUCAUCAAUAAGAGCAAUUUCCCACCCUACUUCGAGAAGGGGGUCUACAACGGGAUGGUGUUGGCUGGGCUGCCCCAGAGAAGCUUCGUCUACCAAGCUGGAGAUCCUUCCACCCCCCUGGUGAUAACAGCACUGGAUCAGGAUUUCCCUGAUAAAGUCAACCCCAACAUCGAGUACUAUCUCAAAAACAGCACUGAUUUCAUCACAACCAAGGAUGGGCUCAUCCUGACCAACAGGGUGCUGGAGUCCCCAGGAACUGUGACCAUCCAGGCUGUUGGAAAAGAUGUGUUGAGCCUGCAGGAGGCAAGCACCAUCAUUGUGGUGGAGGUCAACCUUGCCACAGCUGUAACCCCCUCUGACAAGAUGUACUCUGCUCAGGACAUGGCUAUCUUGGGGGGUGUAUUAGCAGCACUGCUGUUAAUUGCCUUAGUCUUCAUUGGAGUGCUGCUAUGGAAAUCCAGUAGAUGGUACGGAAAACCUGUGAAAUCCCUGAUGAAGAAAAGGCUCUCCAAGGAAAUCUAUGGGGGUUACCAGAACGAGUAUUACCAGGAAGAUGAACAGCCAGAUGUGAGCACCAAGCAGCAUGAGACAUCAGAAACAAGCAGUGUCCAGGAAGAGACUCCUGUGCCAGAGCAGCCAGCACUCGCCCUGCGCUCUUCCAGUGCAGAGGAAACAGAGAGUCUCCCAAAGGGCUCCAUAGCUUCCACUGUCAUCUUUGACCAGGAAGAGGAAGUGGGAGAAAAGGAAGAAGAGGCUGGACAGGAGAAAGAAGUGAAGUCUAUCCUCAAAACAGACAGGCACGUGGCAGAUGAUGGCUACAAAGCUGUGUGGUUUAAGACUGAUGUGGACCCCGAGGCUGGAGAGAGGGUUGAAGUGAUUGAGGACAAUGCAGCAGAUGAUGAUGAUGAUGAUGAUGAUGACAGUGACCAAGAUCUGCAGAAGAAUGAGGAGGAGGAGGAAGAAGGUUCUGACACAGAUGGUCACCACCGAGGGCUGGGAGAGUCCUUUGCCUCAGCGAGCUCGUCACCCCCAGCAGCAGAGGUGACAGUCAACAUGUCUCACACAGGUGCAGAGACAUAUGACACUGAGAUAUAAUAGAAAUUGGGUACAGACCCCCAAAAAUGGGGCAAUCUCAGCUUCUCUGCUGACAUGAAGCCCAUCUUUCUGCUCAGGGAGAAACUGGAAUGCAGAAGAGUGAGGUUAUCUGUCCUGCUUGUCCGAAUGCAGCAAAUAAGGCCAGAAGAGAUUACAGCUAAUUUAACCCUUUAGUGAGACCUUGGAAUAUCACUUAGGAUUUUCAGGGUGAAGCAUUUCAUCUUUCCACCUUCCUGCCUGUUCCCUCUGGGUCUCUUGACAUCACCUUUCCUAACCUGGCUGUGGGUACAGCAGAGCUGUAGCUGCCCUGGCCUGGCUGCAGCGAGCCCAGCUCACAGGAGCAGCUGAGUUGCACUGUCCAGUGUCGUUUGGCUCAUCCCUUGAGGAUGUUGCAGCAGGGUGUCAGCAAGUCCCUCUGAGCCUGCAGGUGCUCCUGUGACUAUGCAGGAGCUGACCUCAGGGCUUGGCUCUGCUCUGUUCUCCCAGCACAAGCAGCUGGAAUGUGCCACCAGGCCCUUGUCCUGCCAGCCAGGAGGUUCCACGCUCAGGACCUGCUGUUUCCUUUGUCACUGGUAAACAAGGACUCAUCACAUGUUCUUUACUGAAGGACUUUGUCAUCAGUUUUCUAUAUCAUAAACCCACUAAUUGUGCAGUACUUUAGCUAUCUGCUAUCUGUCAGCCGAAAGAGCUUCUGAGAUACUGUCUUCAAGUGCCAAGUCAGCAGUCUGUUUCCAGGUAGCAGAGGGAAGGAAAUAUUUGAUGCUCUUGUCUAGGUUUGCACCUACCAUCAACCAAUCUCUUCCCCCAGCUGGGAGCCAAAAGCUGGGCUGGUUUUCCACAGGCUGAGAGCAUGGCUCUGUGCAUUUGCACCUUCUGAUCAUCAGCACAAGAUCCGUGCUGCUCCUGGAGAGAGAAACCGAGGAGUGGCUGCUGGAUCUGCAGGAGCAUCAGAGCACAUGUCUCUGUCCCAGUGUUCCCGUGCUCAGUCCUGCUCUCCUGGACCUCAGGAGCUGUGCUUGUGCUGAAGAUCAAGCCCAGGACCUGGGGAGCUUUCCUACUUCCUGCAGCAAAGCUGUUUGCCCGGGAAUUACAGUGUGGUAAUGGAGGGUGGGGAGUGUGCCCAGUGUUUGCCAUAUAAAGAUUCCCUCCGGCAGCUUUGGGAUAUGUCCAGGAAGCAUUUCCCACAGGACUAUGAGAACUCUCUGGCAGCUGCUCACUGCCAACCCAACACCUCUGGCCACCAGCAAGGCUGAGGGUUGAGCCUGCCUGUCCCUGUGCUGAUGCUGAUGUGGGGAGAAGCUGGAGUGCUUCUCCUCUGCUCUGUUUCCUUGGUGGCUGUGCCGUGUGUGGUCCAUUCCUGUCAGUGCUCUGCUGUCUGUCUGCCUUCCCUCUACUGCUGUGUACUCUGGAUUUCUGCUGGCACACUCAUUUAUGAGCUCCCUGCAACUGCAAUCUGUGUUCAGCUCUUGGUGCUUCCCUCACCAGGGUGCUUCCCAUGCUCUUGGAAACCAGUCUUUGUUUUCUCCCAGGUCUCAUCAGUGCACAGGAUUUGGAAUUUUCCAGGGUUAUGGGUGUUUAGUUUCAAAGGAGGUGAUGUUUGGUAAAUACUGUGUCUGUGGAAGUGGUGGUUGUUGUGAGGAGAAGAGAAGAGCAACAACACAAAAAUAAAACUUGGCAGCAGGCAGAGCCCAGCUGCUUCCAGCUAUUGCCUGUUAAAGCCUCCAGAUCCUGUGUUCUUGACUCCUGUCCUUUGGAAAGAAAUAAAGAAAAAUGUGUAAGGAGCAAGAAGAAAAUGUAACCUUUUAAGUUCAAGUGCACGUGUGCUUGCAUUCCAUCUGUUUGUGUUGGUUUGUCUGCUGAGGCUGGGAAGGGUGACAGAGUUUUUGCAUCCUUGUACAACAAUCACGUUCAUUUAUAAACAUCUGCAUAAGAAAGAAAAAUGUACUGAUAGAAAUGUUUUUAGAAAACUGGAUCAGCUGAAGUGUUUUUUGAUGGCAAAUAAAUAUUUAAGUACCUUGAAGAUCUCAUCCUUACACUCCACAGACAUUCAAGUGCUUUUGGAAGUUUAACUCUACAAGAAAUCUCUUUCACUCCAUCCCCAGUCAAGCUCUGUUUUUAUUUCUGUACCAGCUUAGAAUGACACUUUUCUACUCUUUGUAAUACAGAGCUAUAAAAAGCUGGUCAGCAAAUCUGCAGGGGGAGAAAGAGCAGUUUCAGUGUGGCUGUGGUAUGUGUGGGUUUGAGGUUUUACAGGUGGGAGUGGCACAGAUGCCGAGGGAGAGGAUCCUCGUGGCUUUCCAGCUUCGAGCACCCUCUCCUGAUGUAACACAGACCUGGCAUGUGCCUGUUUCACCUUCAUUUUGGCCUCCAGAAGGAAAAGAAGCCUCUCAGCUGCCAGGGGAAAUGCUAAAGCUGAAUUGAAACCAGAAGGUGCAAGCAGGGAAUUGGAAAAAUCAAGUAAA